AGUCGCAUUUCCCAUUUCGAUUCGAGGGCUCGAAAACCCACCACCUCUCUCUCUAUCUGGCUCGCCUUCGUCUCGCCGGCCGUCUCUCUCAGAUCAGAUCAAAGCGGACACCAACUCCUCCUCCCCUAGGGUAGGGUUUGGUAAAAUCCUCCAUUUCGUCCUCGGAUCGAACGGGGGUGCUAGGGGGGCUCCGAUCGAGAGGGAAGGGUUUGCGGUGGUUUGUUUCAGCCAUGAUGUCGCGGUCGUACACCAACCUUCUCGAUCUCGCGGAGGGCAACUUCGCGGCGCUGGGCCCGGGAGCCGGCGGAGGCGGCGGGGGAAGGCGGCGGUCGGGGUCGUUCGGGCUGAAGCGGAUGUCGCGGGUGAUGACGGUGCCCGGGACGCUGUCAGAGCUGGACGGGGAGGAGGACUCGGAGCCCGCGGCGACGAACAGCAUCGCCUCCGACGUGCCCUCGUCGGUGGCGGGAGAUCGAGUCAUAGUGGUAUCCAACCAGCUGCCCAUCGUCGCACGCCGCCGUCCCGACGGCCGGGGGUGGUCCUUCUCCUGGGACGAUGACUCGCUGCUCCUCCAGCUCCGGGAUGGCAUCCCCGAUGAGAUGGAGGUGCUCUUCGUCGGUUCCCUCCGCGCCGACGUGCCCGUCGCCGAACAGGAUGAAGUCUCUCAGGCGCUACUGGAUCGCUUCCGCUGUGCCCCGGUAUUCCUACCCGACCUCCUCAGCGAACGCUUUUACCACCGGUUCUGCAAGCGCCAUCUAUGGCCUCUGUUCCACUACAUGCUCCCCUUCUCUUCCUCCGCGUCCCCGAGCUCCUCCUCCUCCGCAUCCUCGUUCGGCAGUGGCCGCUUCGACCGCGGCGCGUGGGAGGCCUACGUGCUCGCGAACAAGUUUUUCUUUGAGAAAGUCGUGGAGAUCAUCAACCCAGAGGAUGACUACGUAUGGGUUCAUGACUACCAUCUCAUGGCGCUACCCACCUUCCUUCGUCGACGCUUCAACCGCCUGCGCAUCGGUUUCUUCCUCCACAGCCCAUUCCCCUCGUCGGAGAUCUACCGGACCCUCCCUGUUCGCGAGGAGAUCUUAAAGGCGCUGCUCAAUUGUGACCUUAUUGGAUUCCACACUUUCGACUACGCCAGACAUUUCCUCUCUUGCUGUAGUAGGAUGCUGGGAAUCGAAUACCAGUCGAAGCGUGGAUACAUUGGGCUGGAUUACUUUGGGCGGACUGUUGGGAUCAAAAUCAUGCCGGUGGGAGUUCAUAUGGGUCAACUGCAGACGGUUCUGAGCUUGCCCGACAGGGAGUGGAGGGUCUCUGAGCUGCAGCAGCAGUUUGAGGGGAAGACUGUGUUGCUCGGUGUGGAUGAUAUGGAUAUCUUCAAGGGGAUCAACUUGAAGCUUCUUGCGUUUGAGAAUUUGUUGAGGACACAUCCCAAGUGGCAGGGGCGGGCAGUGUUGGUGCAAAUUGCUAAUCCAGCCCGUGGAAAGGGUAAGGAUCUGGAAGCCAUCCAGGCAGAGAUUCAUGAGAGCUGCAAGAGGAUUAAUGGAGAGUUUGGCCAGUCAGGAUACAACCCUGUUGUCUUCAUUGACCGUGAUGUGUCAAGUGUAGAGAAGAUUGCUUACUACACAAUAGCAGAAUGUGUGGUGGUGACUGCAGUGAGGGAUGGGAUGAACUUGACGCCAUAUGAAUAUAUUGUCUGUAGGCAGGGGUCUGAUUCCACACCAGAAGUGAAUGGACUGAAGAAGAGCAUGCUGGUGGUAUCAGAAUUCAUUGGGUGCUCACCAUCUCUGAGUGGUGCUAUUCGGGUUAACCCAUGGAAUAUAGAGGCAACCGCAGAGGCACUGAAUGAGGCCAUAUCAAUGUCAGAGCAGGAAAAACACCUAAGGCAUGAGAAGCAUUACCGUUAUGUCAGCACCCAUGAUGUUGCUUAUUGGUCAAAAAGUUUCAUUCAAGAUUUAGAGAGGGCUUGCAAGGACCACUUCAGGAGGACAUGUUGGGGCAUCGGAUUGGGGUUUGGUUUCAGGGUGGUGGCUUUAGAUCCUCAUUUCACAAAGCUUAACAUGGAUUCAAUUGUUAUGGCUUAUGAGCGGUCAAAGAGUAGAGCUAUAUUUCUUGAUUACGAUGGAACGCUGGUGCCACAGACUUCCAUCAGCAGGACACCUAGCAUCGAAGUUUUGAGGAUUAUCAAUACCCUGUGCUCAGAUAGUAGGAACAAAGUUUUUCUUGUCAGUGGGAGACGGAGGGACAAAUUGGGAGAAUGGUUUUCCUCAUGUCCAGAAUUGGGCAUUGCCGCAGAGCAUGGUUACUUCUUAAGGUGGACUAGAGAUGAAGAGUGGCAAACAUGUAUCCAGGUCUCGGACUUCGGGUGGAUGGAAAUGGCCAAGCCAGUGAUGAAUUUGUACACAGAAGCAACUGAUGGAUCUUACAUUGAUCCCAAGGAAAGCGCUUUGGUGUGGCAUCACCAGGAUGCUGACCCAGGAUUUGGGUCCUCCCAGGCAAAGGAGUUACUUGAUCAUCUGGAAAGUGUACUAGCAAAUGAGCCAGUUUCUGUCAAAAGUGGCCAGUUCAUUGUUGAAGUCAAACCACAGGGAGUAAGCAAGGGAGUAGUAGCUGAGAAGAUACUCAUCUCAAUGAAGGAGAGAGGAAAGCAGGCCGAUUUUGUAUUGUGCAUUGGUGAUGACAGGUCGGAUGAGGACAUGUUUGAGAAUAUUGCUGGCACUAUUAAAAAGGGUAUGGUUGCUCCAAACACAUCAUUGUUUGCAUGCACUGUGGGACAAAAACCAAGCAAGGCGAAAUUUUACCUGGAUGAUACGUUCGAUGUGGUCACCAUGCUGAGCGCACUGGCAGAUGCUACUGAAGCAGAACCGGAGGCCGAGCUAGCCGAUGAGUUUGAUGAACUGGCUGUGUCUGACGAUUCAGUUGAUAUCUAUGAUGAACACACGUCCAGUGAUGAUAGACUGAUCGGGGGAUCCUAGUCAAGGUUGCUUACAUCUGCAGAUUAUCAUGAUUGAUUCAGCCGUAUGUACCCACAGCUUGUGAUCCUUAAUUAACGCGUAACGCGUUAUCAGGUGCAUUCUUUUUUGAAUUGAGGUCGUAGCAAAUGUGAAUGGUGAAGUUUGUGCUGGUUGUUGAUGGCCUCCUUUUGGCUUUCGUUACUCCGAUAACGUUGCUCCAGGCCUCCGUAGUUUGCGCUUUAUUGUUGCUCUGUUCGGAAAAGGCUUAUACUGAACCCGUGCUGUGCAACGCUUUUCUAAAAAGGACAUACAAGAUGAAAUUCUACUGCC